GACGGCUGGACGGCUGGGGCCGUCUAUGGCUUGAGGCAACUCCUUCACAACUCUCCGCAUCUGCGGCGGCUCUUCAAACAACUGCCUCGUGCCUGGGCACAAGAUGGCCCUUCUGGUCGACGAGCUGCGACGCGUGGUUUGCCGCGUUCACCUGGGCGGGCUUGACCUCCUCCGCGAUGGUUGUGGCCGGCUUGCCAGUCCUGCCGAUGGCGUCAACCACGAGCUUCACCUGGUAGUCCGCGUCGCGGUGGUGCGCUGCGCAAGCAGCAUGCGCCUGAGUUCCGAGAUCGCCACGCAGACGUCGUUGGUGUCCUGCUCGGCGGCGCGCUGCACGAAAUACUGCGCCCAGAGGAACAGCAAUCUCCACCGCCGCGGGACAGCGUGGGCGUCCUUCGCCCUUGGCCAUAGCCCCUUCCUGGCGACCUCGAAGCACGAAGCGCCAGCACCAGUGCCCUGAGCACAAACGGCAGUAUGCAUGGCCAGCUGCGAUGCGUGCGCCGCACUGCCAUGGCAUAUCUGGAUGGUGCGAGCUCGACUCCGCUGGAUUGCAUGUGUUUUGAUGUUACCCUCGCCGACGAUGCCGCGAUUAUCUACCAAGAGCGCAGCAUUUUUUGAACUGCCUUAUUGCGAGGGCCCACGCGUACGGACUAGAACCCAAUUGGGCGAAGACCGUGCAUUUACGAGUCGGACAUACUCGGACAUCGUCGCUCCAAAUGGGGCCCCAGUGAAGACUGUCACGUCUGCAGUCUACCUUUGGGGUCUCUUGGGCGCAGGUGGCGGCACUGGCGCAGCCGUAGCCAGAUGAAUCGGAGAGGCGAGGGCUGCCUCCCACACUUUGGAACCAGUAUGGCGGCACGCCGACAUCCAGCGGACACGCAAGCUGCUGUUAUUCCGAGCCUGCAUCAUGAGCAAACUGACCUACGGCAUUCCACGCGCAACGCCUCCGCCAAGUAUUGGGCAUGCCUCGCUCCAUGGUGUCGUGGGUCACGAACGCGAGCACGAGAAAUGCCACAGAGCCAAAGUUAUAUUCCGGCAGUUGUUGUUUUUUUGGCAGCAUCGCGGCCAUGCCUGAUUCGCUUCUCAGACGCACGAUUCUUAGCAUUAGCACAGGAACUGUCGACCUUCGCAAUAAGGUGGCCCAGACGGCAAGACGGCACUCUGAUCACGCCUUUGUCAAACGGCUUGCCUGAACCAAG